UAUACUCUUUGACUGGCGAGACCCACUCGGUGAAGCAAUGUCGUCUCUUUCGCUAACGUUGUUACCUUCUCCGUCUUUGGUAUCGGUGAGGAGCACUAAACUUGGGCGGAGUGUCAGUAACGGUGGCCGGAAUUGGUCAAAACUCACUAGAUUGUUGGAGAAAUCGAAGAGCAGACGAAAUUGUGGUCUCUGCUGCAAGGCGGAGCUGUCAGAGCUAACUCCAGUCGCCUCUGCUGCUUAUGGUGUUCUUCUUCUAGGAGGCGGUCUCUUCGCCUAUAGCAAAUCUGGAAGCAAAGGUUCUCUCUUUGGUGGUUUGACCGGUUCUGUUCUUAUGGCAUCUGCUUACUUCCUUACUAAAUCGCCAGAGACAAGAGUUCUUGGUGACACCAUAGGACUUGGCGCUGCCUUCCUCUUCUCUUCCGUCUUCGGAUUUCGUUUAGCAUCUUCCCGGAAACCAGUGCCAGCAGGACCGCUACUACUCCUUUCUGUCGGCAUGUUGUCCUUCUUUGUAAUGGCGUAUAUGCACGACAGUUUACCUCCUAUAUACGUACCUGAUCCGUUACCUUUACCUUAGCCUAGAUGAGAGCAUUUGGUUGAUAACCUGAGAGGAAAGCUCUCAAAAGUAUGAAUCAAGAACAGUUUUUGCUUUUUUUCCCCACACCAAUAAAUUGCAAAGCUGUGUGAAGCUAAUGUGGAGAGAAUAAUUUUUGUUUCAUAUGCAUCUCCAUUCAAGAAUUUGUUAGUGACUUUGUUUGAUGUUGAAAUGAUCCAAAUAUAAAGUUUGAUGUUGAAUGAUCCAAAAGAGAAAGUUAUAAUA